AUGUCUUCACUCGACAGCGCACCGCCUCACAACCGAGAGACGCACCAGUUCUUCUUCUACGGUACGCUGUGUGCACCUCAAGUUCUCGCCAGAGUCCUUGGCCAUAAAUGCGAAAAUCUUACCUUCCAGGAUGCUCUUCUGCCGGGAUACACGAGGCAUCGCGUCAAGGGAGAAGCAUACCCGGCCGUAAUUGAGCAUGAUGGCUCCAGCCAGACAUAUGAUACCGACGAGCAAAUCGACGCUUCCAGCACCCGAGGAACACUGGUCCACGGCUUGACCAACGCCGAUGCACAUGCACUCGACCUAUUCGAGGACGAUGAGUAUACCCGCAAACGAGUCCUCGUGCGCACCCUCACCCAUACAUACACUGUCGGCAAUCUCCCUCCUGCCCUUCGUGACCCCACUUCGAGAGAGGGAGUCGAAGGAGCAGCGCACAAAGACCAGGAAGAUCUUACAGACAGCAAAGCCGCAUCUGUUCCGCCUUAUUCAGCCAAGAUGUUUGAAGCUUCAGUCUACGUUUGGUCGGAUCCCCUCGAUAGGCUGGAGCCUGAAGUUUGGGAUUUUCAAUCCUUUACCAAGGCCAAGAAAGACGACUGGAACGACCUGCCCGCAGAAUGGUAUGACUCUGUUGACAAGGGGCGGACUGAGCUUGCCAGCCCUAAUUCGGCAUCGAUCAACGGUGACCAAAAUGGCAAAGUUGAAGAUGAAGGGAGUGAUGAGGGUCUUGUGGGCCGACAGGCAGAGGGGUAUGAGGACUUUGGACAUAAUCUCCUCAAGCAAUGGGCGUUCAGCGACGGCUACGUCAAUCUCAACCAUGGCUCCUACGGCUCCCCUCCCUUGCCAGUCAUAUCUGCUGCAAAUAAGCUCAGUACUCAGAUUGAAUCUAACCCGGACAAGUUCAUGAGGCGAGACUGGUUGCCCAUCCUGGAAGAAACCCACCGUGCCGUGGCUGGUAUCAUCGGUGCGCAGGAGAGUGAGGUUGUGGUUGUGCCAAACACUACCCAUGGUAUAUUUAACAUCGUUGACACCCUCAAAUGGGAGCCCGGGGAUGUCAUAGUCUACUACAAUACCACAUAUGGCGCUGUAUCCCAGAUGCUCAAGUAUCUGGCGGAUUCGCGAGGAAUCACACUUCAUCCCGUUAACAUAAACUUCCCCGUCCCUCAUUCUACCGUCAUUGAAGAGACGGCAAAGGUACUUGACCAAUACAAUGAGAUCUCUAAACCUCACUACACCGGACAGCCCAAGGCGACGGGGAAGGGCGACGGAUCCUCUCGAGUGAAGCUUAUCGUUGUCGAUGCCCUCUCGUCGAACCCUGGCCUGUUAUUUCCCUGGCAAGAGAUUGUCCAGGUAGCCAAGAGAUACGGUGUUCUUUCUCUUGUGGACGGAGCACAUGCCAUCGGCCAGAUCGAAGUGGACGUCAAAAAAGCAGACUGCGACUUUUUCGUCUCGAACUGCCACAAAUGGCUCAUGUCCCGACGAGGCGGUGCGGUGCUGUACGUUCCCACUCGCAACCAAUACCUCAUCCGGACUUCCAUCCCCACCUCCGCCGGUUACGAGUCAACCAAGUACCCUACUCCUGGCGUCAACGCCGAAUGGGCGUGGGCUACACAAUACCGAUGGACGGGGACACAGGAUUGGACGCCCUUUUUCUCUAUCCUACCUGCCAUCGAGUUCCGCAAGAACGUGCUGGGUGGAGAAGAAAGGAUCAUGGAGUGGUGUCACUCCUUGGCUGUCGCGGGCUCCAAACGCCUCAAGCACCGUUGGGGUGCCGACGCCGUGAUAAUGGACACUCCCACACCAACUUUGACUGCAGCCAUGUCAAACAUCACCCUACCUCACAUCCCGCCUCCGACCUCUUUCGCAGACCAGGCUCAACAGGCCAGAUUCUUGGAGGAUGGAAUGUUUGAAGCCAAUUGCUUUGCUGCUUGUUACAUGCAUGCGGGCAAGUGGUGGGUGAGGUUCUCGGCGCAAGUUUGGAACGAGUUGAGCGACUUUGACUACAUAGGAGGUGUGUUGGAAGAUUUGUGUCUAAAGAUCAAGAAUGGAAAGCAUCUCAAACAGGCCGAGGUCGUUGAAGCCACAAAGAACGCGCCAAAGCAACCCGUCCAGGUAGAGUAG